AUGGAUAUUGGUUUUUCUCGUUCUGCUGUUCAGACACUGUCGAGAAGCCAUUGUAAAAACAUCAAACAAAAAAUUUCUCAAUGGGAAGGAAGGACAAGUGGUGUAUCUAAUCCAGAUAAAUGGCAUCCAAAAGACUUUGGGGUGAGAUAUAACUGUCAUCAGGAAAUUGUUCCCAUGAAAAUUGGGAUUGUUGCUGAGGGAAAGAGUAAAAAUUUGGAUGUAACCAACUCUCAAAAUGUCAGGCUAGAUCUGAGGGAAGAUGACAAAAGCCAUGAUCAAAGUGAAGAUGAAAGUGAGAAACAUGAGUAUAAUGAUACACGUUUCUUUAAAAAUGAAGCAGAAACUGAAUGGGUAUGCGCUCAGGUCAGACAGAUGGAAAGCUGGAAAGAAGUUGUUUUGGACCCAGCGACUUCAUUACCUCCAGGAAACUUUUAUACCUCACAGAUACUGUGGAAGAAAAUAGAAGCACUUCCCCCAGAUAAAGCCUUAAAUUUGGCUUUAGAACAUGGUGACUCUUCAGGAAAAGAACUGAAUUUCAGAGCUCUGGAUAGUUCAUAUGGAAUAACCAAGAGCUUAGAAAAUAUUUACUCUGAACCUGAGGGGCAAGAGUGUGCACCUUCUAUAAAUCCUUUGCCAAAACCUCGUAGGACAUUCAGAUAUUUAUCUGAAUCUGGUGUUAUGCCAGGUAAAGAAAGAAACUGUGACAGAAAAUACUGUGAAAAUAAUUCUUGUGCAGAAUCUCGUUUUGCCCCUUUUCAGGAACCUGAACCAAAGAAACAUGGUGGAAAAAUCAGAGGGAGAUCUAAAAGGAAAUCCUUUGAAUUUGAGGAUAUUCAGCACUUUCGAAAUCGAAACACACAGAAGAUUCACAAAGAACUUGGAAGAAAUUCUGGUUCAGCACUUUAUUACACACAGUCUGAGGACAAUAUCUAUGAGGAUAUCAUAUAUCCUGCCAAAGAAAAUCCAUAUGAAGAUAUUCCAAUACAGCCUUUACCCAUGUGGAGAUCCCCUUCAGCAUGGAAGCUACCACCCCCUAAAAGUGCUUUCAGAACACCCAAGCUUCCUCCCAAACCUCAAUUUCUUCUCCGGAAAACUAUGGAACUCAAGAACUCACAAGCUUAUAUACGGUCAAAGCUCACAAAGGAUGCCACUUUGCCUGUCACUUUAACUGAAUGGAAGCUAUUCCGAGCUGGAGAAGUUGCAAAUAGGAAAAGGAAAAAUCUUCCAAGGUUUGUGUUGAAAAUAGAUGACAUAUUUGAAUCUAAGAGAGGAAAGAAGAAGAUAAAGUUACACCCUUACACUGGAAAAGAGGUACCUCCCUCAAAAGGUGAAACCAAUGGGAAUGAAAGUGAUGCUGAGUAUCUGCCAAAGAAUCGCCACAAGCGCUUAGCACAGCUACAGCAGGCUUCCAAGAGGAAUCCUCACUACCAGACCUUGGAGCGGGACCUUAUUGAAUUACAGGAGCAGCAGCUAUUUGAACUUUUUGUGGUAGUGUCCCUACAGAAGAAACCAUCAGAAAAAAGUUAUAUUCCCCAGAUCAUACAACAAUUCCCUAGCAAGGGUGAGCAUGGUUUUAAGCAAUCCAAAGAUACUGAAGAGAGGCUCAAAGUUAUCCCAAAAUUUUGUUUUCCUGAUUCUAAGGACUGGAUGCCAACCUCAGAACUCAAGAGUGAAACUUUCUCCUUUGUCUUGACUGGUGAAGAUGGGAGCCGGUGGUUUGGUUACUGUAAGAAGCUCUUGCCAGAAGGCAAAGGAAAGCGACUUCCCGAGGUAUACUGCAUGGUUAGUCGCCUAGGCUGCUUCAACCUUUUUUCAAAGAUUCUGGAUGAAGUAGAGAAGAGAAGAGAAAUGUCUCCAGCCCUGGUUCACCCAUUCAUGAGAAGUGUCAUGGAAGCACCUUUCCCAGCACCUGGACGCACCAUCACGGUUAAGAGCUAUCUCCCUGGAGCUGGAGAUGGGUCAGUUGAACUCUGUCGACCACUGGAUUCCCGACUGGAACAUGUUGAUUUUGAAUGUCUCUUUAAGUGCCUAAGUGUGUGUCAUCUCAUCCGGGUCUGUGCCUCUCUACUUUUGGAGCGGAGAGUAAUCUUUGUUGCCAACAGCCUAAGUACCUUGUCAAAAUGUGGUCAUGCCGUGGUAGCUACACUGUAUCCAUUCACAUGGCAGCAUACCUACAUCCCAGUCCUGCCAGCAUCCAUGAUUGAUAUUGUGUGCUCACCUACUCCAUUUCUAAUUGGAAUCCUGUCUUGCUCCUUACCACAGCUUCAGGACCUACCCAUUGAAGAGGUGCUGAUAGUUGAUCUCUGUGCAGACAAGUUCUUACAGGAGGUAUCUGAUGAGGAUGAAAUUCUACCACCUAAACUCCAAGCUGCCCUGAUGCAGAUUUUGGAAGAGCGAAAUGAAAUCUUGACUCAGGAGCAGGAGUUUUCACAUGACGUGACACUCAACUCUCUGGUAUCAGAAGCUUUUGUCAGGUUUUUUGUGGAGCUGGUGGGACAUUACUCUUUAAGCAUGACUGUCACUGAGCGUGGGGACCGUGUAUUUCAAAGGGAGCCAUUCCGUAAGUCCCAUACUUCCCGAAGCGUACGCCACUUCCUGGAUCUCUUCAUGGAGACUCAGAUGUUUGCAGGAUUCAUCCAGGACCGAGAGCUUCGGAAAAGUGGGGUGAAAGGUUUGUUUGAGGUCCGGGCCCUUCAGUAUUUGGAAACAAUUCCUGAGUCUGAGCCCAGUGGGGUGAAUAGAAUUUUGCGGAGUCUUGGAAGUAAAAUGAAAUUUCUCCAGAAGAAAUAA